AUGCAAACGCUGCAAAGUUGGGGUGUGUUGCGGCCCGCGGCAAAGGAGAAGAUCCAGGAGCCGAAGCCGCCAGAGAACGAUGAGAUCGUCAUCCCCUUCAGCUCUGAGAUCUCGGGCAGGCGCUUGCGCCACAUCACCGUCUUUGCCUUAAGGAGCAUGCCAACCGAGCUCGUUGAGGAUGGCUAUGUUUUGCAGCUAGCUUCUGGACCGAUGUUGCUGCUGGAGAGCGGAAUCCUCCACACGAGGAACCCCACUUGGUCGCCGCCUUACGCCCCCACUGCCGGUACCGAGCUGCAGGCCUUCGAGCUGCGAGUAGCCGCGGCGGAGGGAGCACGCGAGGUGAGAUGGAGCGCUCAAGUGGAUCUUCGGCAGACCGAUGUGGUCGGCGAGGACCUCCGGCACUUGGACUUGGUUUCUGAACCCGUCGUGGUCCUCCGCAUGCGGAACACAGCUGCUCUGCCGGAUGUUUGGCUGACGCCUGGGCUUGGGCGCUGGGCUGGCGAGCGGCGCCGGCUUCCGAACAGGAACGCCAGCAACCAGCAGAUACGGACCUCUGAGGUCUGUCAGUCCGGAGCAAAGGUCUCCAAACUUUGUGAGGAGUUGCAUUUCUGGCGUGACCAGACGACUGAGCUGCAGGAUCAGUUGCGCGGCUUGCUGGCCAAGCGGCGGGAAGGCUUUGCUCGUGGCGAGAGGCAUGUGACACUUCAGAGACGUCUGGUCGAGCUCCGGGCGACUGUGGAGCAAAGAAGACAAGGUUUGGAUCUGCUGAGAGCUGAAGUCGCCGGGGAGAGUGGCGACACAGACGCGAGGCAGCGCCGGUGGCGACGCUCUGCUGCCGGCGUCCAGGCUCUUUCCGGUGAUGGCGUUGUGGCAUCUUGCCAGCCGACUGCCUUACUGCUGGGCCGGCCACGGCUGCGUGCAGCCGAGGCGCAGGUGGAGACAUCCCGGCUCGGCGUAUCAGGCGAGGAUGGAAAGGUUGGCUUGCAACACCACAAGCUCUGCUGCCAGCUGCGAUGUCAGCAGAUCCGCCUGCUCAAUGAAGUCCGCCAGGUCUACCCUCUGCAAGAUUGUGGUAGAUACUGGACGAUCCGGGGCCUGUGCGUCGCAAGCACUGAGCGAUUGAAGCAUCAAGAUCCACAGCCAGAAACGGAGCGGGACGUGAACACGGCUCUCGGAUUCCUGUCCCACCUGCUGGUGACCCUCGCUCGGCUGCUGCAGGUGCCGCUCAGCGUUGCGCUGCGCCGCCCCGGCUCCUCGCGGAGUGCUGUAGUGAACUUGAAUGAGACAGAGGCUUUGAGGGCUUUGAGUCCCUCCCGUGGUGCCUUUGGCCUUGGCCGCGGAGGCAAGAGACCCGCCUUGGGUGAGUGGCCUCUUCAUUACAGCCGCUCGGGGGAUAAGGCACAUUUCGAAACAGCGUUGCGGCUGUUAUCCGAUGGCUUGAAUCAGUUUCUCUACAGCAGGGGCUCCUCCUCUGCAGAGCGUGGCAACCUUCUGAAGUGUGCCGACGCCAUCUUGCAACACGAAAUCUAUGGCAGUGAGGAAACGGCCUAG